AUGAUAGAUGCAGCCGAAAGCGACAUUACUGUUGCCAGCGCCCUCGCCGGCGGCGCUCCCGAGCCUGGCGCUACAAGCUCGGUAUCACCUCCGCCGCCUUCAGGUUCCGAUCGGGACCCAAACAACCUCAACCCAAAGAACCCAAAGAACCCCCCUAUUCCGGCCGAUUUCGAGGGAGAAGGGUUGGUAAAACCACCGUUUCCUCUCCUUCACAAUAAUGCCAGUGCCGACGCCGAGGCCGAAGGCUCGAGAAAGGACAAAUCAUCGCGUGCCGGCGCUGGCGUCGGCGACAACGACGAUGACGAGCCCGCCGUCGCCAAGCCUUUUCACCGCACCACCAGUCCAGAUCCGACCCAACGUUCGGGUGCCCUAGCCCCCGAGGAGGAAGAGGAAGAUGUGGGCAGGUUGGAUGGCACUUCUGGCGAACGACCCCGGUCCAGGCUGAAGCACAAGAUGCACAAGUUCAGUCUCUACGAAACCGCCAGUCGCUUCUACAUGGUCGGCGGCGAUGUCACUGAGAAACGCUACCGCAUCCUCAAAAUUGACCGCACCGCAGAAGACGCUUCUGAGCUGAGCAUCACGGAUGACAAGACCAUUUACUCACAGAAAGACAUGAACCAGCUGCUGGACACCAUCGACGACGGCAACAAGGGCACUGGUGGUCUCAAGCUGCGCUGCACUACCUGGGGUCUGCUUGGUUUCAUCAAGUUCACCGGCCCAUGGUACAUGCUGCUCAUAACCAAAAAGAGCACAGUUGCCAUGAUAGGCGGCCACUAUGUCUACCAAAUCGAUGGCACCGAUCUCAUUCCCUUGACCUCGCCCAGCUUCAAGACAGACCAGCGCAAUACCGAGGAGACGCGCUUCUUGGGCAUCCUCAACAACUUGGACUUGACCAGAUCUUUCUACUACAGCUACUCGUAUGAUAUCACUCGCACAUUGCAGUACAACAUCACCAGAGAGCGAGAGGCGUUGCUGAAUGGUCAGGUUGGCCCUAUGGAGGAUGACCUGAACUCCAUGUUCGUCUGGAACAACCACCUGCUUCAACCUGUCGCCAACGCUUUGAACACACCCUAUGACUGGUGUCGUCCCAUUAUUCACGGCUACUUUGACCAAGCCGCCAUCUCCAUCUACGGACGAACCGUCCACGUUACUGUCAUUGCCAGAAGAAGCAGAUUCUUUGCCGGCGCAAGGUUCCUCAAACGUGGCGCCAACGACUUGGGAUAUGUAGCAAACGAUGUCGAGACUGAGCAGAUUGUGUCCGAGUCACUCACAACUUCUUUCCAUGCCCCGGGUCCCAAGUUCUUUGCCAGCCCAGCGUACACCUCGUAUGUACAGCACAGAGGCUCCAUUCCACUGUACUGGACUCAGGACAACACGGGCGUGACGCCCAAGCCACCCAUCGAGCUGAACCUCGUUGACCCAUUUUACACAGCAGCAGCUCUACAUUUUGAUAACCUCUUUGAGCGGUACGGAGCACCAAUCUAUGUGCUGAACCUGGUGAAGGCGCGGGAGCGCACUCCGCGUGAAAGUAAACUGUUGGACGAGUACACCCGCGCCGUAGAAUAUCUUAACCAGUUCUUGCCCAAGGAAAACAAGAUCAUCUACCGUGCCUGGGACAUGUCGCGAGCCGCUAAGAGUCGGGACCAAGAUGUUAUCGGGACACUGGAAAGUAUCGCUGAGGACGUUGUCCUGACGACCGGCUUCUUCCACAACGGUGACGGCCACACUUCCCCGAUCCGGGUCCAGAACGGAGUCGCACGGACGAACUGUAUCGACUGUCUGGACCGAACCAAUGCGGCCCAGUUCGUGAUUGGCAAGCGUGCCCUUGGCCACCAGCUCCAUGCUCUCGGCAUCUUGGAGGACACCACUGUCAACUACGAUACCGACGCCGUCAACCUGUUCACGCACAUGUACCACGACCAUGGAGACACCAUUGCCGUCCAGUAUGGCGGCUCACAGCUCGUUAACACCAUGGAGACAUACCGAAAGAUCAACCAGUGGACCAGCCACUCGCGCGACAUGAUUGAGAGUUUCAAGCGAUACUACAACAAUGCUUUUCUCGACGGUCAGCGUCAGGAGGCCUACAACCUGUUCCUCGGUAACUACAUCUUCGCCCAAGGACAGCCAAUGCUCUGGGAUCUGGGCACCGACUACUACCUGCACCACGAAGAUCCACGGCAGUGGCUGGAGAAGCGCAAGCGCCACUACAUCAACUGGUACACACCCGAGUUUCUCAAGCCUCGCGUCCUGCCUCCGUAUCCCGCCAUCAAGCCCAACUCACCCCAAAGCAAGAUCCCCGUGUCCCGCUAUGACGACUACUGGCUCGAGUACUACCGUCCUUCCACGCUCUCGUCCUUCCUCAAGAUGUUUGCGUACCGUAUGAACUCGACCCUCAGGUACAUACCCUUCAAGUCCACCCAGGACGGCCGGUACGACCUCAGCCCGUUCCGCGUGCGCGGCGAGGUAGGCGGGACCGGUGACGGCGACCAUACGCACGACAGGAAGAAGGUCAAGAAGGAGGUGACGUUUGCCACCAACCGCGCCGACCACUUUUCCGGAACGAAGCAUCUAGCCGAAGAUGCCGCGGAUAACGCCUCUGCGAUGAACGAGAAAGCCGCUCUUGCUGCCGCAGACAACAACGGCGGUAACGCACCUGGUCACCACCGUGGGCUCUCCCUCCAGCGCUGGCUCCCCGGCAGCGGUACCAAAGAAGCUGCCACCGCCGCAAACACCACCUCCGCCACUGGCCCUUCGGACCCCACCAACAACAAUAACAACACCACCACCAACCCUUCUCGAACUCUCGGCCGCGAAUCCUCAAGUAACAACAACAACACCAGCGAAAGCACCGAACUCGGAGACUACUCGUACCGCCCCUUCAACAACUACCACUCCAACCAUCACCAGCAGUAUCAACAAACCCCCAACAACCGAAACAGCAACGGUUACACCACCACCCCUUUAGGAGAAAACAAACACCUUUCCGCCCAAGAAAAAACCCGGGCUGCCCAAUCGACCUUCACCAAAGUGGUGCACUCCUCGCUCAACCCGACCGUCAGCGCUGCCGAGGCCGAGGACUACGCCCGCUACGUCAGCCACCCGCACCACUUGCCGCUGGUGGUAUCGAGCGAGAUUGCGCCCGGGGAGGUGGAGCCUGAGUAUCAGGAGUAUGUUAAUGGGAGUUGGCAGUAUCCUGCUUCUAUUGUUGUGGAAGAAGAAGAUGAAGAGGUGAAUGGGGGUAUGGUGGUGGGUAGUUAUGGGGAUGGUAGCGUUGGGGAUGGGUUGGGGAUUACGGGGUAUGCUUCAAGUGUGUAUAGUGGUUAUGGUGGGUACGGAACUCCUGACGGAGGUGGUGGUGGUGGCAAUAGAGGAGGUGCGCCGGGUGGUGUGAAUGGAAAUAUUAAUGGUGGAGGGUUAGCGGACGAUGACAAAGCGCUUUACAUUGAGAUGCUCAAGAUCAGCGAGAACCCGCUCACCGUGACGGAAGAGGACGCGCAGAAGAAGAGGUAUAAAGCCUAUAGGAAGUGGUUGAGGGGGAAGAGCCUUUUCAAGCAGCAGCCGGUGGACUAGGAGCCCGUGGUUGUUGGGCCGGAAGAGGGCGAGAAAACUACAGGGUAUCUGAUUAAGGACGUGGAUGAGAAGGAUAGGGAUGGCACGAGGCGGGCUUCGUCGGUGGUCUUUGUCGUUGUCUCGCCAAAUGAGACGAGGAGGGUGUUGACUAUGUGUGGGGCCGAUCGUGGUGUUCAUCAUGGAAUGGACGGGGCUGCUGAGG